GGAGGUCCCAGUCCCACAAAUCAGCAGGGUUGGCAUCUUGUUUAUGUUUGGAGUUUGUGAAUGAAUAAAAGAAAAGGUUCAUCUCUGCAUUUCUGUUGUUUGGCUUUGGAGGAGAUUGAUUAAUUUCCUCUGAAAAAAAUGAGAUUGUGAUUUUCAACAAGAGAUUGGUGAUCUGAAUCUGUGAAAAGCAACAAUGGAUUCUCCGGUAGGACAGCAAAGUUUUCGUCGGAAAAAGAUGACAAAACAGUUGACGGGAAAGCGGGAUGAUACGCCACUGCAUUCUGCUGCAAGGUCAGGAAAUUUAGCUACCUUCAAAGAGGCACUCUCCGGGAAAUGCCCGGAGGAAUUGGCCGAAUUGUUGUCUAAGCAGAAUAAUGCCGGAGAAACGCCGUUGUAUGUUGCUGCUGAGUAUGGCUAUGUUGAUGUAGUUGCCGAAAUAAUCAAGUACCAUGAUGUUGCAAUUGCAAGCAUGAGGGCCAAGAAUGGCUAUGAUGCUCUACAUAUAGCAGCAAGGCAAGGCGAUGUAGAUGUUGUUAGGGAACUAUUGAAAGCAUUGCCGGAACUCUCAAUGACUGUUGAUUUAACAAACACGACGGCCUUGAACACUGCUGCAACACAGGGGCAUAUAGAGGUUGUGAAUCUCCUCUUAGAAGCCGAUGCUAGUUUGGCGAAGAUUGCGCGGAGCAAUGGCAAGACAGCUCUGCAUGCUGCAGCCAGAAAUGGGCAUGUUGAAGUAGUGAAAGCUCUUCUUAGUGAAGAUCCUGGCAUUGCAACCAGAAAUGAUAAGAAAGGGCAGACUGCACUCCAUAUGGCAGUUAAGGGAACAAAUCUAGAGAUUGUUGAUGAGCUUAUAAAUUGCGAACCGGCUCUGAUCAACUUGGAAGACCAGAAAGGCAAUACGGCGUUGCAUAUAGCAACUCGCAAGGGUCGUGCUCAGAUAGUGAAGAGACUUCUUUCACUCAAAGAGGUGAAUGUCAAAGUCAUCAACAGAUCCGGAGAAACAGCACUAGACACGGCUGAGAAGACAGGGAAUUCAGACAUAGUCCCGAUCUUAGUCCAGCAUGGUGUGCAGAGUGCGAGGAGCAUCAAACCGGUGAAUCCCGCUCGUGAACUGAAACAAACAGUGAGUGACAUCAAACAUGAAGUUCAUUCGCAACUUGAACACAGUCGACAGACACGGAAACGUGUUCAAGGCAUUGCCAAGAGGAUAAACAAGCUCCACGCCGAAGGCCUAAACAAUGCAAUCAACUCAACCACCGUUGUUGCUGUCCUCAUUGCCACUGUUGCAUUUGCAGCAAUCUUCACUGUCCCAGGAGAGUACGUCGAAGAUCCAAGCAAUUUAGCACCUGGAACAUCCAUAGGAGAAGCCAACAUUGCGCGACAAACACCAUUCAUGAUAUUCUUUGUAUUCGAUUCGGUUGCGCUGUUCAUCUCAUUGGCAGUGGUGGUUGUGCAGACUUCAGUGGUUGUGGUUGAAAGCAAAGCUAAAAAACAGAUGAUGGCGAUAAUUAACAAGCUAAUGUGGCUUGCAUGUGUGCUUAUAAGUGUCGCCUUUUUGGCGCUGUCAUUCGUCGUCGUCGGACAACAUGCAAGGUGGUUGGCAAUCUCAGUAACAUUCAUAGGGACUACAAUAAUGGCUACAACACUUGGAACAAUGUGUUACUGGGUGAUAUGGCACAGAAUUGAAGCUAAGAAGAUGAGGAACAUUAGGCGUUCAUCCCUGAGCAGAUCAAGGUCUUGGUCUAUUUCUGGGAUGUCUGAUCCUGAAUUGCUUGCCAAUGAAUACAAGAGAGUGUAUGCAAUUUGAGAUUUUGGUUUUAAUCUCUUUAUCACUUCUAUGAAUUC